AUGCCAAUUGAUCCCGUGGUUGUCAUGGAGACGUGGACCACUAAACCUCUGCGCAGCUGUUGUUAUGGAAGCCCGGGAACAGCUGGGGGGCUAUGGCUGCGUGGGGAUUGUGGGAAACGGGUCUUUUGCUCCUCCCUUCACACCUUGACCCUGGAGCUGCUGCCAGAGGAAAGUGGAGGAUUUGGGAAUCUUAAAGAUGACCAUCUGGAGUUCGCAGUGUCUCGGUGGACCCCUCCAUAUGAUCAGCCUGGGCCGUUUAGGCAGAAACUGAGUGUGGUGAUUAGACCUCCAGCCCCCUGGAUGGAGCCCCUCUCCGCUCCGACCCUCAUUCACUUUGACGUCAACAGGAAGGACUGGGAGGCAAGCAUCUCCGACCUGGGCCGGAGGGAUGGCCAGAGGGAGGAAGGGCCCCGGAGCUUAGGGACGGCUCGGGAAGGAUUACCAAGAAACUAA